CAGGCAUGUUUCAACAGAUGGCUAGGGCUGUCCUGAUUCAGCCACGACUCCACACCGCUGUUGGUUCACUGAGAACUCUGUGAGCGAGCUAGAGAGUGAGAGGGAGAAAUGUAACUUUGGAGAGAGGGAUUUCUUUUUUUCUUAAUUUGAAACUCCCCCUCCCCUUUCCCUCCUUGUUUCUCUGUGUGUCUAUAUUGGUGUUUUUUUCUCGUUCUCCGUACAUCUGAGAGGGUCAGUCAGCCUGUCAGGCAGCUAGCGAGAGAGAGAGGGAGAGAGAGAGAGAGGAGCAGAGUAAGAGUAAAACAGAGCAGACAAGGACAGAGGACAGACAAGAGAUGGGAAGUGCAUGGUGAUGUGUGACUGAUUACCCAGCCCAGAGCAGUGCCCCCUCCUCCAGCAGCUCUACUGGGUCAGUACCCUGGGACAGCACCUGCUUCCCUGACAGACAUACACACGCUCAGGACCUGCAUCUGUGUGAGAGCCCAGCCGCUUCUCCAAACAUAAAGAGACUCCCACAUCCCCAGAGAAGACAGCCUUCCAUUGACAGGAGCUGUCCUAGCAGCGGCUGUAGCAGAGUGAUCCAGUAGCAGUAGCAGGGUUAGAGGUCAGAGGUCACCAUGGCGGGGCGGGGGACCCGUUACCUCCUCCUGCUUCUGGGGGUUGUGUCUCUGGCCCAGGCCUCCAUCUUUCUGUCCAGCCAGCGCCUCAAGGCCCGCUUCCAGAGGGACCGCCGCAACAUCAGGCCCAACAUCAUCCUCAUUCUCACUGAUGACCAGGACAUGGAGCUCGGCUCCAUGCAGGCUAUGAAUAAGACCCGACGUAUCAUGGAGCAGGGCGGGACUCACUUCUCCAACGCCUUUGUGACCACGCCCAUGUGCUGUCCUUCGCGCUCCUCCAUGCUGACGGGGAAGUACGUUCACAAUCACAACACCUACACCAACAACGAAAACUGCUCCUCCCCCUCCUGGCAGGCCCAGCACGAGACUAGGACCUUCGGAGUGUACCUCAACAACACCGGCUACAGGACAGGCUUCUUUGGGAAGUACCUGAAUGAGUACAACGGUUCCUAUAUUCCUCCUGGAUGGAGGGAGUGGGUGGGGCUGGUCAAGAACUCCCGCUUCUACAACUACACCCUGUGCAGGAACGGAGUCAGAGAGAAACACGGCUGCGAGUAUCCUAAGGACUACUUUACAGAUCUCAUCACAGAGGAUAGCAUCAACUACUUCCGUUCCUCUAAGAGGAUAUACCCACACCGGCCAGUGAUGAUGGUAAUGAGCCACGCUGCCCCACACGGGCCGGAAGACUCCGCACCGCAAUACAGCACUGCCUUCCCCAACGCUUCCCAGCACAUCACUCCCAGCUACAACUAUGCUCCGAACCCGGACAAGCACUGGAUCAUGCGUUACACUGGGGCUAUGAAGCCCAUCCACAUGGAGUUCACCAACAUGCUACAGAGGAAGAGGCUGCAGACCCUGCUCUCUGUGGAUGACAGCGUGGAGAAGGUGUAUAACAUGUUGGCUGAGACUGGAGAACUGGACAACACAUAUAUCAUCUACACAGCUGACCAUGGCUACCAUGUUGGCCAGUUUGGACUGGUCAAGGGCAAGUCCAUGCCCUAUGAGUUUGACAUCCGAGUUCCCUUCUACAUCCGAGGGCCCAACGUGGAGGCAGGAGCCAUCAACCCUCACAUGGUGCUGAACAUUGACCUGGCGCCCACCAUCCUGGACAUCGCUGGCAUGGACGUCCCUCCUGACAUGGACGGCAAGUCCAUCCUCAAGCUGCUGGACAUAGAGAGACCAGUCAACAGGUGGGAUAUGGAGCCAAAAGGGUUCCAGGUGAACAAGAAGGGGAAGGUGUGGAGAGACUCAUUCCUGGUUGAGAGAGGGAAGCUGCUCCACAUACGUGAUGCGCCUCCAGGGAAGGAUGUGGCCCAGGAGGAGAACUUCCUGCCUAAGUACCAGCGGGUCAAGGACUUGUGUCAGAGAGCAGAGUACCAGACACCCUGCCAACAGCUGGGACAGAAGUGGCAGUGUUUGGAGGAUGCCACGGGGAAGCUGAGGCUGUAUAAGUGCAAGGGCAUGACCAGCAUGUCGGCAGCCCGGAAGGAUGGCCCUGCCAACAUCAAGUCAAAGUACUACCCCCAGCGCAAGGCGGAGCGCAACACAGAGCACGAUGGCUGUAACUGUGACCAGUACCCCAGCUUCAGACUCAGCACCUUGAAGAAGAAGAAGCUGCUCUCCAAGAAGAAGAUGAAAGCCAUCAAGAGCUACGCCCGUAACCGUUACUCCCGCUCUGUGGAGAUGGAGAUAGGAGGGGACCUGUAUGCUGUAGACUUGGAGGAUGGCUACCAGCCUGUACCGGCCCCCAGGAACCUCAGCCAGGCUGGGGCCAGGACCCCACGCGACGACACUGAGGACGACUUCAGUGGCAUGGGGGUCACUGUCACCGUCACCCCCAGGAAUAGCAGCAACAGUCUAGCUAAUGUAUCUUCUGGAAUCAAAGUCACACACAGGUGCUCUAUUCUGGCCAAUGACACAGUGAAGUGUGAUACAGGGAUCUAUAAGUCCCUGCAGGCCUGGAAGGACCACAAACUCCACAUUGAUCACGAGAUUGAGACCCUGCAAACAAAGAUCAAGAACCUAAGAGAGGUUAGGGGUCACCUGAAGAAAGCCCGCCCAGAGGAGUGUGACUGCAACCACUACAUCUACAAGUCUAAGUACAAGAGUAAGCUCAGGCACAAAGGAGGCAGCAUUCACCCAUUCAGGAAGGGUCAGGAUAAGAAGGCGUGGUUACUGAAAGAGCAGAAGAGGAGGAAGAAGAUGCGGAAGCUGCUGAAACGUCUGAGGAACAACGACACCUGUAGCAUGCCUGGUCUCACCUGCUUCACCCACGACAACCAGCACUGGCAGACCGCCCCCUUCUGGACAAUGGGUCCGUUCUGUGCCUGCACCAGUGCCAACAACAACACCUACUGGUGUCUGAGGACCAUCAACGAGACACACAACUUCCUCUUCUGCGAGUUUGCUACUGGCUUCCUGGAGUACUUUGACCUCAACACGGAUCCCUACCAACUGAUGAAUGCUGUGACACGCUGGAUCCGGAACCGUUCCUAA